CUCUUCCCGGUUUUCCUCUCAGCUGCUGGGCCCGGUCAGUGGCAGCUUCCGGUAGGAGCGCCGCGAAGCGCGACCCGGUCUCUGCUCACUGUCAUGUCCUACGGUCCCUUAGACAUGUAUCGGAACCCCGGGCCGUCGGGGCCUCAGCCCCGGGACUUCAACAGCAUCAUCCAGACAUGCAGUGGCAACAUCCAGCGGAUCAGCCAAGCCACUGCUCAGAUAAAGAAUUUGAUGAGCCAACUUGGAACUAAGCAGGACUCAAGCAAACUCCAGGAAAAUUUGCAACAGUUACAGCACUCCACAAAUCAGCUGGCCAAGGAAACAAAUGAGUUGCUGAAGGAAUUAGGGUCCUUGCCCCUACCCUUGUCUGCAUCAGAGCAGCGCCAGCAGAAGCUUCAGAAGGAGCGGCUCAUGAAUGACUUCUCGUCGGCCUUAAACAAUUUCCAGGUUGUGCAGAGAAAGGUAUCUGAGAAGGAAAAGGAGAGCAUCGCGAGAGCGAGAGCCGGAUCUCGUCUUUCUGCAGAAGACAGGCAGAGAGAAGAGCAGCUCGUCUCAUUUGACAGCCAUGAAGAGUGGAACCAAAUGCAGAGCCAGGAGGAAGAGGCGGCCAUCACUGAGCAAGACCUGGAACUCAUCAAAGAGAGGGAAACGGCGAUUCGGCAGCUGGAGGCUGACAUUUUGGAUGUCAAUCAGAUAUUUAAAGAUUUAGCUAUGAUGAUCCAUGACCAAGGUGAUCUGAUCGAUAGCAUAGAAGCCAAUGUGGAAAGCUCGGAGGUGCAUGUGGAAAGAGCCACUGAUCAGCUACAAAGAGCUGCUUACUAUCAGAAAAAAUCUCGCAAGAAGAUGUGUAUCCUCGUGCUUGUCCUGUCAGUGAUUGUUACAGUCUUGGUAGUUGUUAUCUGGGUUGCUUCUAAAUGAAGUGCUUGCCUCAGAGCCUCCUCCUGCUGAGUUGUUUUCAAGGGCAAGUGCUUGAGAGAGUCUUGCCAGAACAGACUGACCACAGAAGAGAGUGUACCAGAGUGUCCUGUGAUAAUUUAGCUAGAAUCUAACUACUAACUAGUCCUUGGAAUUAGUGACCAUGGAGACAGUAUUUAUCAGUUUAUGCAUACAUUCUAUUCAUUUGUCAAAUAACGAAUUACCUUAUUCCUUUGUAUUUUCCUUUCUCUUGUAUUUUGAUUGCCCUUAUUGCAAGUGUUUAUUGACAGUUCCAUCGUGGAUAUUCUUUUUGACAGGUGACACUACAUCAUAAAUUUGUCUUUUUGUAUAUACGCAAACUUUACCUUUUUAUGAGUAUCUGAGAUAAAUUUCCAUCUGGAGCCAGCCUAUUAGAGUCUGAGAAACUGUACAAUAUGCCAGCAAUUUUUAUUAUUUAACAUUUUGAUUUUGUUUCUGAGGGGUCUGUUUUCUGUUUUGUAAGAUUUUGGCACUAUAUAUAACUGGGGAUUAAGAACAUUGCACCCGUGACUUCAGACAAAAUGAGAAGAACCUGGCAGAGCCGGCCCACUGCCAGGUUGUGUGGGACAGUCUGGGUCUGAGGUGAAUUGCCUUUAUUGUCUGCUGGUGUUUACAGAGUCCAUCCUCGAACACUAAGCCAUCCCACUCCUGUUUAGAGAGGAUCGGUUCAUUACCAUGCUUACAAUCAGUCGGGUCUCUCCCACCUGUCUGCAUAGAACGGAAGAAUUAGGCACAGCCCGAUUUUGGAUAGUAAAUGUGGAUCGUUUGGCAUGAUUCCAUCUCGUUCACCUGUGGCUUUCAUUCUGGUGAAUGAUAAAUGUUGCUGUCAAAGGCUAAUCCUGACCCUUGUAAGUAAGGGUUGCCUGGCUUUGAUGGCAAGAUUUUGAAAUUUAGACUGAAGUGGGGUUUAAAACUCAGUCUGUGAACCUAUUGAUAUAGCAAAACAAAGGUUCAUUUUGUAAAUAAUACUGGUUUAGUGAUGUUAGACUUAGCCUAAUUUAUGAACAAGAGAUCAAACUCUGUGUAGUUUUAGAUGAAAACAGUUUUAAUAAAAUGUUUCUGUCUUGUAUAUAAAUGUUGUCUACUGCCCUUUUUCACAGGCCUAGAACAGUCAAGAGAGUGUGUAAUUGGUUUAGGCUCUCAGAUAAAUGUGAAUUGAGGCCAGAAAUGUCAGCUCAUCUUUCUCUGAGUUAGAGGAUCUGGCUACUGUGGCUGUAUUUAUGUUUGUUUCUUCUCUUCCUCAUAAUGUUACUUAAUCUUGUUCUACACUAAUGUGACCAGCAGAGAAACAAGGGCCCACAUGCAUAAGUUUCUCUGCGCUUUUGCACCAUCCCACCUACUUAAUACCAAUAAACAUUUAAAAGCU